AUGAGCGUGAAAACUGGUGAUGAGCUUUCAGGAGUGCAGCAACUAUUGUCGACCAGGAAUGUGAUAACAGAAGUAAAGCUCUCAAUAGCGCUUAAAUGCGAAAGCAUUUUGAAGUCUCCAGAAGAAAAUAUUAAUUCCCUGAGAGACCUAAUUAAAACCUUCGAAUCACGCCAUUUCCGGAAAUUCAAACAGAUAAGAAGAUUAUUAAUGGCCUCAUUGUGUAUUGUCUUCAAAGAUAUAUUGCCUGCUUAUCGCAUAAGGCCUGCAACUGAGAAAGAGAAGACUCAGCUGGCAAAGAAAGAAACUAGACAAGUACGGUUUUACGAAGAGAACCUUCUUUUGAAUUAUAAGAAAUUCACUGAACUGCUCCGGGUUAUUCUUGGUGAUAAAUCUAUGGAUAUGAAAUCUCAGCGCUUAAAAAUUUAUGGAAAAAUCAGUUGGGAUGAGAACGAACGAUUAUCUGCUAUUCGAUGUGUUUGCCAGCUUUUGGAGAGUCACCCAGACUUUAAUUAUAACAAAGAGCUUAUAGAACUUCUACCUCCCUACAUAAACAGCUCAAAUACGCAGAUUUCUUCCGAGAUAAUAAAAUCUAUCGACAAUUUGUUUGAAAAUGAUGCUGAUCGAGAUGUUACUUUAUUGAUAUGCCGUUCUAUUCACAGGUUCUGUCGAACGAAAUCUUAUGUUGUCAGGGCUCCAGUCGUUAGAGCUUUGUGUGGUGUCACGAUAACAGAGGUAGAACGGCAAAAUGGAGAAGAAAAGACAAAAGUAGACAGACGCAUGAGAUCCCGGCGUGAAAGAAAGGAGGCUAAAAUGCAACGCAAGUUUGAAAAGGAAAUGGCAGAAACCCAGUCUCUUCAAACUCGGGAAAAGCGUUUAAAAAUGAAUACUAUGGUUAUGAAUGAAAUUCUGUUUGUUUUCUUCAAAAUCUUGAAAACAACUUCUAACUCGACACUCUUGUCUGCAAUUUUUAAAGGAUUGUCAAAGUAUGCUAAACUUAUCAAUACACAGUAUGUCGACAGUCUUAUGUCUGUUUUAAAUGCAAUGGUCAUGAAGAAGUCAACUAGCAUUAUUGAUGGUCUACACUGUGUGCAUACAGCUCUUAGUAUUAUUUCAUCGUCUGAUGCUUCAGAUGUUCUUGCAACAGAUCCCACUGUUUUUUGUAAUCAUCUAUACACUAUCCUCGGUCGUAUAGCAGGUGUUGCUGCAUGUACGGAUAAUGAUUGUGGAAGUGAAAUUUCUCAUCUCUCUCGCAUGAGCAAAGCCUAUGAUCGUUCAAACACCCCAGCAGCUCAAGCAGUUGCCAGUUUGCUGCAUCGGUACAAAGUCACAGAAAAUCCAGAAGAAACUACAUGUUCCGACGAAAUCAGUAGUAUCACAGCCAAUGUAAGCGAAAGGAUCGCUGCUGAUGAAGUUGAACACCUAACAAAUACUCUUAUAUCAUGUCUAAAUAUGCUCCUCAUCAAACGAAAGCAUGAGGUUUCAGUGAACCGAGUUUUAGCCUUCGCAAAGCGCAUGAUAAGCUCGGCUUUGAAUGUGUCAGAUCCAUAUUGUUCAAGUUUUUUACUCAUCAAACUGUUUCAUCUUCUUCGACUCUUCCCUCGUUGUGAAAUUCUGUUUGACUGUGAUGCAGAAAUAUGCGGUAACUAUAGACCGGAAGUUAACGAUCCAGAAUUAUGCGUCCCAGGAAGUGCAUGCCUGUGGGAACUACUUUUAUUGAAAAGUCAUAGUAACCCCGUGGUACAUCAGUUAGCUUCUCUAAUUAUGCAAUGGGGAAAUGACAUGUGCAGGCAUGGAGCUGGAGCCACCUCUACUAAACAGUACAAGCUGGCUUUCGAUGGUGAAGAAAUCUCUUUAGACCAUUUAGCACAGCUGCCAUCUGAAGAGUUACACGUUGAAUUGAAGGAGCUAAUUGAAAAAGAAACUCCUCCUUCGAAAGAGCAAUCCAGAAAACAAGUGGACAGUUCAUUUUAUCACCCUUCAAAUUAUUUCAUGGAAUACAUGUCUAGCUGCAAUCUAAUAUCAGAUGGACAGCCAAGUGCUAAAAGACUAAAGUCUUCAUGA